AUGACGUCGAAUCGCCCAGCAGCGUUCAAUACCCUGCGGAUGGGGGAGGUGAUCCGCGAAAAGGUUCAAGAUGGCGUGACGGGUGAGACACGCGAGAUCCAGUAUACUCAGUGUAAGAUUGUCGGCAACGGAUCCUUUGGCGUCGUCUUCCAGACCAAGCUGUCGCCUUCAAACGAAGAUGCAGCCAUCAAGCGGGUUCUUCAGGAUAAAAGGUUCAAGAACCGGGAACUACAAAUCAUGCGCAUUGUGCGACACCCAAACAUUGUACAGCUCAAGGCUUUCUACUACUCGAACGGCGAGCGCAAGGACGAGGUCUACCUCAACCUUGUGCAAGAGUUCGUGCCCGAGACCGUCUACAGGGCGUCGAGGUUUUUCAACAAGAUGAAGACCACCAUGCCCAUCCUAGAGGUCAAGCUCUACAUCUACCAGCUUUUUAGGGCGCUGGCGUACAUCCACUCACAAGGCAUUUGCCAUCGUGACAUCAAGCCGCAGAACCUCCUUCUCGACCCGAGCACUGGCGUCUUAAAGCUAUGCGACUUUGGAAGUGCCAAGAUCCUUGUGGAGAACGAACCGAAUGUGUCGUACAUCUGCUCGCGAUACUACCGGGCGCCCGAAUUGAUCUUCGGCGCAACAAACUACACAACCAAGAUUGACGUAUGGUCUACUGGGUGCGUCAUGGCAGAGCUUAUGCUCGGGCAGCCGCUUUUCCCUGGAGAGUCUGGCAUAGACCAGCUGGUCGAGAUCAUCAAAGUCCUCGGCACGCCGACCCGAGAGCAAAUUCGAACCAUGAAUCCGAACUACAUGGAGCACAAGUUCCCGCAAAUCAAGCCUCAUCCCUUCAACAAGGUCUUCCGUAAGGCGGAUGCGAAUGCGAUCGAUCUGAUCGCUCGGCUGCUUGAAUACACUCCUACGGAGCGGUUGGCUGCUAUUGAUGCAAUGGUCCAUCCAUUCUUCGACGAGCUCCGGGACCCCAACACGAAGCUCCCAGACUCGAGGCAUCAGUCGGGCCAGAUCAGGGAUUUGCCCCCGCUGUUUGACUUCUCUCGUCACGAGCUAUCCAUUGCCCCACACCUGAACCAUCAAUUGGUGCCGCCCCACAUGAUCCCGGUGCUGGCAUCACGUGGGCUCGACAUUGACAACUUCACACCGAUGAGCAAGCAGGAGAUGAUGGCGAAAUUAGAUUGA